AUGUCUGCACAACGGGCUUUUGUGCCCCUAAAAUCCUCGUCAAGCAUCGUCUCCAGAUUCGCCUCCUCGUCGGCAACACCCUCAUUACGACCCUGCCAACAUGCCGUCCGAUCAUUCUCUUCUACUCAGUUCUCACACAUGUCAACGAAACGCAAGAUGCAAACUAGCACUGCAUACCACCCACACUCCUUAGACACCCCGCCUCCGCCGCCCCGAAAUGUCGGCAUACCAGACACAUCCAUUGCCGGCGGAAUCCCGCAAGUCAACGAGACAAGGCCGCCGGCACAAACUGGUCAAUCUGAAUUCGAUUUCAGCAGACGGACAGAGGACAAGCCAACAAUAAGCGUCACUGAACAAGAGGCGCAAACGUCAAAACCCACGCCAGCACCUGCGGCACAACCCCGAGCCAAGCCGAGGCCUAAGUUACGGGCACGGAAGGCUGCGAUGCACCUUACACCUACUGCUGUCAAUCAGAUUCGGAAUCUGCUGAACCAACCUGAGCCAAAACUCAUCAAGGUUGGAGUUCGGAACCGCGGAUGCAGUGGGUUGGCAUACCACCUAGAAUACGUGGAGAAGCCUGGGAAGUUCGACGAGGAGGUGGAGCAGGAUGGCGUCAAGGUGCUCAUUGAUAGCAAAGCGUUAUUCAGCAUCAUUGGCAGUGAAAUGGACUGGGAAGAAGAUAAACUAAACCAAAGAUUUGUGUUUAGAAACCCCAACAUAAAGGAGCAAUGCGGCUGUGGCGAAUCCUUCAUGGUUUGA